AUGGAAGAUAAUGGAAGUAAGAAAACAAAACAAAAACGGGGCGCAAGUAUACUGAGAAUGGGCAGCAGCUGAAAUAGCCUGCCCUUCGGUGGGUCCCCGCUCAGAUAAUGGAAGUACACUGGCAUAUUAGUAGAGUCUGAUUAUAAGGAACAGGAGGGUAGGUGUAAAGAGCUCUCUUUUGUACCAGUACCGAAUUUUGAGACCUUUCUUUGAAGGACUACCAUUCUAUAUCAAGGACACUAAGCAAACUCUUGCCCUCCUCUCAAACUUAAAGGUGCCAGCCUUGGCUGCUCUUUGUAGCCCUGAUGUAGAGGCACUCUACUCUUCCAUCCCGCACACAAGGGGCAUUCAGCACAUUGGAUCAUACCUGGAAAAGAGGGAAGAUCAAUAUAUUCCACAUAAUAAUUUUGCUCUGGAGCUCCUCAAGUCGAGCCUAACACACAAUUAUUUAAUAUUCAAAAACAAGUUCUAUCACCAGGUGAGAGGAAGUGCGAUGGGGACUGUAGCGGAGAUGCAAUAUUACCCAGGUUAUCUCCGCUUAUAAUCCAAGUGGGACUCAGGAACAAGUAAAUAGUAAAUCCACAGGCAAGGCUUCCAGCAGGUAAAAUACAGCAAUAUCCCAACAGCAAUCCCAAUAACUGGACAACACACAGUUUCAGGAGCAUAACUGAAAGCCUUUAAUCACAGUCUCCUUUUAAAGCAUGCUCCCAUGCAAGGGAGGGAUUUACAGUAAUUAUUACAGUAGCCAAUCCUGUCCUGGUAACCUCCCACACAUCUCCUCCCCUCAGCCAGCAUCAUAAUCCCCUUAUCCAGCACACCAAUUCCCCCCGUUUCUGGAUGUACCCCUAAACAUAGGGGUACCUCUUUAAAUCCUACAUCCCCGGAUACCCCUAAUCUGGGUGACCAACAUAUCCAAAAAUCACCCAGAUCAGACCAGGGGUUCGGGAAAAGUAUGGAGGGAAUAAAAUGACCGACCGCACGAACUGAGAUAGCCGAAUCCGGUUCCAUGUGAAUGGGCCCUGUGGUCGGUCCUGGCAUAAGGGAAUAAUAAGGGAAUAAAAUACACGAAAACCUCUAGCUAUAGAGGCUAGGGAGGAUUCGCCUGAAUCCCCUCGUUCGGUAUUUUCUAUCUACCGAACGAGGGGCUGUUCGGUAGUUUGGAACCGAACGGACCAGGGCUGUGGAGGUCUCAGCGGUGUUCGCCUACUCGAGUGUCCGAUUUUAGUUCCAGACACUCGACGGCAAAACACCGCUGUUCGGGAGUUUUAGAAUGGCGGCCACCCCCGAGAACAAAGGACAGCUACUUACUGUUCAAUUACCCGUUCGCAACAAUGUUGCAACAGGUAAUUGAGGACACACUUCACACAGGGGAGGUCUGGUUGUUCGGUAGUUUCAUUCGGAUAAACUAAGGGAAUGAAACUACCGAACAAUCAGAGGAAUACAAUUCUCUUUAAUACAUAGAAAACACAGCAGAUACACGAAUGCAGGUAUAUACAGUAUAUUUGUAGGGUCGCCUGGUGCUAUCCGCUACACUGCUCCCCCUUGCCCACAAGCCGGCAUACACAGUCUGAUCCAACACGGAUCGGCUUGGGGAUGUCCGGGGAGGCUCAUGGAUCAUUUCUCUAGGUCAGUUUGUCGGGACAACCCAUCAGCAUUUCCAUUCUGUUUACCCGGGCGGUACUGGAUAUUAAAGUCAAAGGGCUGCAGCACCAGACUCCAGCGCAGCAGCCGGGCAUUGUCCCCAGCCACCCGGUUUAGCCAUGCUAACGGGUUGUGAUCCGUGAGCAGGGAAAAAGCUUGUCCGUACAAAUAUGGUUGUAAUUUCUUCAGGGCCCACACCACAGCCAGGCAUUCUUUCUCGAUGGUGGCGUAGCUUACUUCUCGAGGUAACAGUUUCCGGCUGAUGUAAGCCACGGGAUGUUCUCCGCCAUCGGCCCCGACUUGGCUCAAUACUGCUCCCAAUCCAAACAUAGAAGCGUCUGUGUGGACAAGAAAACGUUUAGUUGGAUUGGGAGCUGCAUCUUUCAACAACUGAAAUGCCUGUUCACACUCCGGGGUCCAGGUUACUUGGCGGGGUAGGUUUUUACGGGUCAAGUCGGUGAGAGGUUUGGCCAGGGCACUGUAAUUCGGGACAAAUUUCCGGUAGUAUCCGGCCGUUCCUAGGAACGCUAAUACCUGAGUCUUAGUCCUAGGGGUAGGCCAUUGAGCUACAGCCUCUACUUUGGCUGGUUCUGGCUUUUGCUUGCCGCAUCCUACUCGAUGACCUAGGUAUUGUACUUCAGCCAUGCCUAUGCUGCAUUUGGCUGGUUUCAGUGUUAAACCAGCGGCCCUAAUCCUGUCUAGGACCGCUCCUAUAUGGGUCAGGUGUUCCUGCCAGGUAUUGCUGAAAAUGGCAAUAUCAUCGAGGUAUGCGCAGGUAUAAUCUUGGAACCCAUCCAGGAGGCGGUCCACCAUCCGCUGAAAAGUAGCCGGGGCGUUUUUCAUCCCAAACGGCAUGACCUUAAAUUGGUACAAGCCGAAUGGGGUGACAAAGGCCGACUUAGGGAUGGCGUCUUGCGCCAAGGGUAUUUGCCAAUACCCUUUACACAAGUCAAUCGUGGUGAGAUAGUGCCCCCUCGCCAUCCGAUCCAGGAGUUCGUCUAUCCUGGGCAUGGGGUAGGCGUCAGAUACCGUCUUCUCAUUCAAUCUCCGGUAGUCUACACAAAACCGGGUCGUGCCGUCCCGCUUUGGUACUAGUACUACCGGAGAUGCCCAGGGGCUGUCGGAGGGCUCAAUCACCCCCAGCUGGAGCAUCUCAUCGAUCUCCUUGCGCAUGUUCGCCCGUACCGCUUCUGGGAUGCGGUACGGGGUCUGACGCAUGGGAAGUUGCCCUGGGGUGUCUACUCUGUGAGUGGCCAGAGGAGUGUAACCAGGUACAUUAGAGAAGAUAUCCUGCUUCUCCCUCAACAGCUGUUGUACCUCGCUCCGCUCCUGUGGGCUCAACCGGUCCCCCAGGGUGACUUCCCCUAAGUCCCCGGAUAACUGACCCUCUCCCAGCAGAUCCGGGAGAGGCAAACUGUCAAACUCCUCGGAGUUAGGCGCACAUAUAGCGGUCACUUCCUCAGAGCGCUCCUGGUAGGGCUUCAUCAUGUUUACAUGGAGCAUGCGUCACCCCCCAGUACCAACGCACGAGCCGAUUAUAUAAGUGGUGUCACACCGUUGUUCUACCACCUUAUAAGGGCCCUGCCAGACAGGUUUUAAGAUCAACACCUUCUGCCCGACCUGAAAGCUACGGUCCCUGGCGCCCCGAUCAUACCAUGUGCGCUGGCGUGUCUGAGCCGCCUGCAAAUUCUCGCGUACCGUCUGAGUUAAGGCCUCAAGGCGGUCUCGGAAUGCCAACACAUAUGGUAUGAUGGGGGUACCGUCAGUGCUCCAUUCUCCCUCCCAAUGCUCUCUGAUCAAAUCUAAAGGCCCUCGUACCCUGCGGCCAAACAAUAGUUCAAAUUGGGAAAACCCAGUGGAUUCCUGCGGCACCUCCCUAUAAGCAAAGAGGAGGUGGGGCAGGAACUUCUCCCAGUCCUUGUGGGUCUCUGCGAAGGUUCGGAGCAUUUGUUUCAAUGUACCGUUGAAACGUUCGCAGAGCCCAUUCGUCUGGGGGUGGUAAGGGGAACUAAUGACCGGCUUAAUGUCACAAAACUUCCAGAGGCGCUGCGUGACUUCGGCGGUGAAUUGGGUGCCCUGAUCGGAGACAAUCUCCCUGGGGAGUCCCACCCGGGAGAAUAUCUUCAUCAGGGCUUCUGCUACUGUCUCAGCCUGUAUAUUCGUCAGGGCCACCGCCUCUGGAUAUCUAGUGGCAUAGUCUACUACUGUCAGGAUAAAUCUUUUACCAGACGGGCUCGCUUUGUUGAGGGGUCCUAUUAGGUUAACUGCUACCCUGCUAAAGGGUUCCUCGAUUAUGGGAAGGGGAUGUAACUUGGCCUUGCGCCGGUCCCCAAUUUUCCCCACCCUUUGACAGGUAUCGCACGUGUUGCAAUACCUGCGCACCUCCUGGCUAAUUCCCGGCCAAAAGAAACUUUGGGUUAACCUGUAUCGGGUCCUGAUGACCCCUAAAUGUCCAGAUAGCGGAAUGUCAUGUGCUAUCCGUAGUAACUCCGCCCGGUACCGCUGAGGUACCACUAACUGCCUCAUCACAAUCGGGUCUGACCCGGAUACCUUCUUAUCCGUCUCCCGAUAUAACAGCUGUUUGUCCCAAAUAAACCUUUCGCCCUCCCCCCAGGCGUGUCUGCUGUCACCUUGUCCCUAUACACCUGCAAGGUGGGGUCUGUCACUACCUCAGCUGCAAAUUCGUUAGGAGGGGCCCAGGGAACACAGUCAAGGGAAGGGGAAGAAUCUCUUACCUGAACCUCCGGGAGUGUGUUGUAGUCCUGGGUGCGGGCCUGUUGUCGAGUAACCACAGGGUGAGCUUCUCCUGUGGUGGGUGUCUGGGGCUCAAAAGCAGAUGUGAGCCUCCCCAGAUCGUUCCCCAAUAAAACCUCCGCUGGUAACUGCGGCAUCAACCCCACCUCCACAUGCCCUGCCCCCUGCCCCCGCUCCCCAAUGCAAAUGUACCCUUGCUGUAGGUAGCCGGUAUACUGCUCCCCCGGCUACCCUGACGGCCACAGUCUUACUUAGUUUAGCUUGGUCUGAGACCAGGUGACUUUUUACCAGGGUGAUGGUGGCUCCUGAGUCACGUAGCCCCUGAACCCCUUUACCCUCCAGAUACACGGUCUGCCUGUGAUGCUGGCAGUUGUCAGCAUUAGCCUGGACGGGAUCUGCCUCGUGCAGUACCUCCCACUGUUCUACCGUUGUGAUGGGAACUGCUGAACCAUACGGUGUGGCCACGAUGUCCUGGUAGUGGUGGGCUGCGGCUGCUCUCGGUGGUGGUGGUGGGCCGGGGCGAAUCCAGGUGGAACGGUCCCGCAGCUGGGGGCAUUCCCUUUUAUAAUGUCCCCAUUUUUGGCAGUGGUGGCAAGGGCCCGACGUGGGCUGGCGGAAACGUGGCUGUGCAGCGGGCGGUGGGGUUGGUGGCAGGGGUCUUGGUAGAGCUGGCGUGUAGUUGUUCCCCCCAAAGGUUUUAAAAGGUACUUUUGGAGCUGCAGGUUUUUGCUGCCUGCGUGCAUCCAGGUACUCGUCUGCCUUUCUGGCUGCUUCGGUAAGGGAGGUAGGGUUCCUGUCUCUUACCCACUCCUGUACCUCGCUGGUUACUCCUUCAUAAAAUUGCUCCAGUAGUACCAUUUGCAAUACAUCCUCCAUAGACCGUGCCUUGCUCGCUUGCACCCACCCCAAGACUGCUCGUUGUAGUCUGCAUGCCCACUCUGCGUGUGAGUCUUUCUCCACCUUCUUUAAAUCCCUGAAUCUCCGCCGGUAUGCUUCUGGUGUUAUAGCAUACCUGGCCAAUAUAAUUUCUUUCACUUUGUUGUAAUUCCGUAUUUCUUCAUUAGGUACAGUACGGUAUGCCUCAGCUGCCCUCCCAGCUAACCUCCCUGCCAAAAUAGGUACCCAGUCCUCUGCGCUGAUUCUAUGCAGUGCACACAGUCUCUCAAAAUCUUGCAGGAAAGCGUCUAUAUCUUCCUCUGCCUCCACAUAUGUUUUAAAAGCCUGGUAUGGUAUUUUCGGCUUACCUUCUUGUGGCAUAUUUACUGCAGAGCUACGUUCUGGGGCCGCUGUUUGACUCCUCAGUAUAAAUUCCUGGACCUCCGUUAUCGUUUUGGAAAUAAUCUCUGUUGGAGGGUGUUCCCCAUAGAAAGACAGCCGAAAUUGUACCUGCCUCUGGAACUCCCUUUGUUCCGGUGUUUCUCCCGAAUUCCCCUGUUCGGGAACCGAAUCGCCGUCCAUUCGGUACUCCGCCAUCAGUUCAGUAAUGAGUACCGCUUUUGUCUUAUUGCUGGCUUGUAUACCCUUUUCCUCCAGAAGGUCUUUUAGCGUGGAGCGUUUUAGUGUGGCAAAAUCAAUCUCCAUCCGUACUCCAUUUAGGCUUGUUCCUCUGUGAGUCUGGAUCCCAGCACUGCCAACCAAUGUAGCGGAGAUGCAAUAUUACCCAGGUUAUCUCCGCUUAUAAUCCAAGUGGGACUCAGGAACAAGUAAAUAAUAAAUCCACAGGCAAGGUUUCCAGCAGGUAAAAUACAGCAAUAUCCCAACAGCAAUCCCAAUAACUGGACGACACACAGUUUCAGGAGCAUAACUGAAAGCCUUUAAUCACAGUCUCCUUAUAAAGCAUGCUCCCAUGCAAGGGAGGGAUUUACAGUAAUUAUUACAGUAGCCAAUCCUGUCCUGGUAACCUCCCACACAUCUCCUCCCCUCAGCCAGCAUCAUAAUCCCCUUAUCCAGCACACCAAUUCCCCCCGUUUCUGGAUGUACCCCUAAACGUAGGGGUACCUCUUUAAAUCCUACAUCCCUGGAUACCCCUGAUCUGGGUGAACAACAUAUCCAAAAAUCACCCAGAUCAGACCAGGGGUUCGGGAAAAGUAUGGAGGGAAUAAAAUGACCGACCGCACGAACUGAGAUAGCCGAAUCCGGUUCCAUGUGAAUGGGCCCUGCGGUCGGUCCUGGCAUAAGGGAAUAAAAUACACGAAAACCUCUAGCUAUAGAGGCUAGGGAGGGUUCGCCUGAAUCCCCUCGUUCGGUAUUUUCUAUCUACCGAACGAGGGGCCGUUCGGUAGUUUGGAACCGAACGGACCAGGGCUGUGGAGGUCUCAGCGGUGUUCGCCUACUCGAGUGUCCGAUUUUAGUUCCAGACACUCGACGGCAAAACACCGCUGUUCGGGAGUUUUAAAAUGGCCGCCGCCACGUGUUCGUUUGUCGAAUGGCGGCCACCCCCGAGAACAAAGGACGGCUACUUACUGUUCAAUUACCCAUUCGCAACAAUGUUGCAACAGGUAAUUGAGGACACACUUCACACAGGGGAGGUCUGGUUGUUCGGUAGUUUCAUUCGAAUAAACUACGGGAAUGAAACUACCGAACAAUCAGAGGAAUACAAUUCUCUUUAAUACAUAGAAAACACAGCAGAUACACGAAUGCAGGUAUAUACAGUAUAUUUGUAGGGUCGCCUGGUGCUAUCCGCUACAGUCAUACAAUGGGAAAUAAAACAUUCUGUGCUGUGAGCUUAGUAGUCAUACAAUGGGAAGUAAAACAUUCCAUGCAGUGAGCUUGGUAUUUAUACAAUGGGAAGUAAAACAUUAUGUGCAGUGAGCUUAGUAUUCAUACAAUGGGAAAUAAAACAUUCUGUGCAGUGAGCUUGGUAUUCAUACAAUGGGAAGUAAAACAUUCCAUGCAGUGAGCUUGGUAUUUAUACAAUGGGAAGUAAAACAUUAUGUGCAGUGAGCUUAGUAUUCAUACAAUGGGAAAUAAAACAUUCUGUGCUGUGAGCUUAGUAGUCAUACAAUGGGAAAUAAUACAUUCCGUGCAGUGAGCUUAGUAGUCAUACAAUGCUAAGUAAAACAUUCCGUGCAGCGAGCUUAGUAUUCAUACAAUGGGAAGUAAAACAUUCGUGCAGUGAGCUUGGUAUUUAUACAAUGGGAAGUAAAACAUUAUGUGCAGUGAGCUUAGUAGUCAUACAAUGGGAAGUAAUACAUUCCGUGCAGUGAGCUUAGUAUUCAUACAAUGCUAAGUAAAACAUUCCGUGCAGCGAGCUUAGUAUUCAUACAAUGGGAAGUAAAACAUUCUGUGCUGUGAGCUUGGUAUUCAUACAAUGGGAAGUAAAACAUUCUGUGCAGUGAGCUUGGUAUUUAUACAAUGGGAAGUAAAACAUUCUGUGCAGUGAGCUUAGUAUUCAGACAAUGGGAAGUAAUACAUUCCUAGCAGUGAGCUUAGUAUUCAUACAAUGGGAAGUAAAACAUUCUGUGCUGUGAGCUUGGUAUUCAUACAAUGGGAAGUAAAACAUUCUGUUCAGUAAGUUUAGUAUUCAUACAAUGGGAAGUAAUACAUUCCUAGCAGUGAGCUUAGUAUUCAUACAAUGGGAAGUAAAACAUUCUGUGCAGUGAGCUUAGUAUUCAUACAAUGGGAAGUAAAACAUUCUGUGCAGUGAGCUUAGUAUUCAUACAAUGGGAAGUCAAACAUUCCGUGCAGCGAGCUUAGUAUUCAUACAAUGGGAAGUAAAACAUUCCGUGCAGUGAGCUUGGUAUUUAUACAAUGGGAAGUAAAACAUUAUGUGCAGUGAGCUUAGUAGUCAUACAAUGGGAAGUAAUACAUUCCGUGCAGUGAGCUUAGUAUUCAUACAAUGCUAAGUAAAACAUUCCGUGCAGUGAGCUUAGUAUUCAUACAAUGGGAAGUAAAACAUUCUGUGCUGUGAGCUUGGUAUUCAUACAAUGGGAAGUAAAACAUUCUGUGCAGUGAGCUUGGUAUUUAUACAAUGGGAAGUAAAACAUUCUGUGCAGUGAGCUUAGUAUUCAGACAAUGGGAAGUAAUACAUUCCUAGCAGUGAGCUUAGUAUUCAUACAAUGGGAAGUAAAACAUUCUGUGCUGUGAGCUUGGUAUUCAUACAAUGGGAAGUAAAACAUUCUGUUCAGUAAGUUUAGUAUUCAUACAAUGGGAAGUAAUACAUUCCUAGCAGUGAGCUUAGUAUUCAUACAAUGGGAAGUAAAACAUUCUGUGCAGUGAGCUUAGUAUUCAUACAAUGGGAAGUAAAACAUUCUGUGCAGUGAGCUUAGUAUUCAUACAAUGGGAAGUCAAACAUUCUGUGCAGUGAGCUUAGUAUUCAUACAGUGGGAAGUCAAACAUUCUGUGCAGUGAGCUUAGUAUUCAUACAGUGGGAAGUAAAACAUUCCGUGCAGUGAGCUUAGUAUUCAUACAAUGGGAAGUAAAACAUUCCGUGCAGUGAGCUUCGUAUUCAUACAAUGGGAAGUAAAACAUUCCGUGCAGUGAGCUUCGUAUUCAUACAAUGGGAAGUAAAACAUUCCGUGCAGUGAGCUUAGUAUUCAUACAAUGGUAAGUAAAACAUUCCGUGCAGUGAGCUUCGUAUUCAUACAAUGGGAAGUAAAACAUUCCGUGCAGUGAGCUUAGUAUUCAUACAAUGGGAAGUAAAACAGUCUGUGCAGUGAGUUUAGUAUUCAUACAAUGGGAAGUAAAACAUUCCGUGCAGUGAGCUUCGUAUUCAUACAAUGGGAAGUAAAACAUUCCGUGCAGUGAGCUUAGUUUUCAUACAAUGGGAAGUAAAACAGUCUGUGCUGUGAGCUUGGUAUUCAUACAAUGGAAAGUAAUACAUUCCAUGCUGUGAGCUUAGUAUUCGUACAAUGGGAAGUAAAACAUUCUGUGCAGUGAGCUUAGUAUUCAUACUGUCUGUUAAUUAAUUUGGGAAUAAUAUGACUCUGUCCCUGCAGGUAAAUAAUGGCUCAUUGCGGAUUGUUAGCGUGGAGCGAGUCAACGCAGGAAUUUACACGUGUCACGCGGCCAGUGAAGAAGGGGAAGUCAUGCACACCAGCCGCGUGCUAGUUCAAGGUAACCUAAUUGGACAGGCAAAGUCUGCUUUACACAAUGCUGUAUAUGGGAAAUACUGUCCUGCACAGGAUAGCCGUACACAAUGCUGUAUAUGUGAAAUACUGUCCUGCAUAGGAUAGCUGUACACAAUGCUGUUUAUGUGAAAUACUGUCCUGCACAGGAUAGCCGCACACAAUGCUGUAUAUGUGAAAUACUGCCCUCCACAGAAUAGCUGUACACAAUGCUGUAUAUGGGAAAUACCGCCUUCCACAAAAUAGCUGUGCACAAUGCUGUAUAUGGGAAAUACUGUCCUGCACAGGAUUACUGUGCACAAUGCUGUAUAUGUGAAAUACUGCCCUCCACAGAAUAGCUGUACACAAUGCUGUAUAUGGGAAAUACUGUCCUGCACAGGAUAGCUGUACACAAUGCUGUAUAUGGGAAAUACUGUCCUGCACAGGACUACUGUGUACAAUGCUGUAUAUGGGAAAUACUGUGCUGCACAGGAUAGCUGUACACAAUGCUGUAUAUGGGAAAUACCGUCCUGCACAUGAUAGCUGUACACAAUGCUGUAUAUGGGAAAUACUGUGCUGCACAGGAUAGCUGUACACAGUGCUGUAUAUGGGAAAUACUGUGCUGCACAGGAUAGCUGUACACAAUGCUGUAUAUGGGAAAUACUGGGCUGUUACCAAAUUUAUUGAAAACUGCUGUCUGCUUGUCAUUAACUUGUCUUUCCCUAUUUACACCUGAGUUGGGGCAGUAAGAAUUUUUAGUCCCUUUUAGAUUCUAUUUUGUUUAACCCCUUAAGGACACAUGACAUGUGUGACAUGUCAUGAUUCCCUUUUAUUCCAUAAGUUUGGUCCUUAAGGGGUUAAACGUCUUUUGUAAAUGGUCUUUGUUUCAUCCCAUAGUCAUAGAAAAUUGCACACGUAAAGGACCACUAAAGUUACCCAGACCCCUUUAUCUCAAUGAAGUUGUCUGGGUGCCGUGGCCCUAUAGUUUUAACCCUGCAAUGUAAAACAUAUUGUAGAAACUGUAAUGUUUACAUUCCAGGAUUAAAUACACCUCUAGUGGCUGUCCUGAUUAUAGCCUCUAGAGCAGUGGUGACGAACCUAUGACACCCCCAAAACGGCAGGCGCCUACUCUGCUUCCUUGUCGGGAGGCAGGGGGAGGGAUCUGUGAAGCAGCUCCCCUGUCCUCCCGUGAGCAAUCUGUGUGGAGCGUUGCCGCGCGUUACCAUGGCAACUCUCCAUACAGCAUCGCGCGGGAGGACAGGGGAGCUGCUCCCUACAAUCCUUACCACCACCGGACCACCAGGGAUGGCUGUGUCCCUCCUCCUUCAUUAAAGGUAAGAAGAAGGAGGGAGGGAGGAAUACAGAUUUAGCAUACCUUUUUUUUUUUUUUUUACCACCCCUCCCCCCACACAGUACACCUGCCCCACACACACAGUACCCCCACCCCCACAACCAGCACCCCUCCCGUUCCCCACAACCAGCACCCCUCCCCUUUCCCACAACCAGCACCCCUCCCCUUCCCCACAACCAGCACCCUUAACCCCAGCACCCCUACGCCCCCACACACAGCACCCCUACCCCCCCACACUUACACAGAAUCCCUACCCCCCAAAGCCCAGCACCUCUACCCCCGCCCAGUACCCUUACCUUCCCACACAGCACAGCACCCCAACCACACACACAUAGACACACACAGCACCCCUCAGACACACACAGCACCCCACACACACACAUACACUGCACCCCUCAAUGCAGUAUGUGUGCGUGUAUUCAGCAGUCUGUAUGUGCGUGUAUUCAGCAGUCUGUGUGUGUGUUUGUAUUCAGCUGUCUGUGUUUGUGUGUAUUCAGCAGUAUGUGUGUAUUCAGCGGACUGUGUGCGUGUAUGUAUUCAGCAGUCUGUGUGUGUAUGUAUUCAGCAGUCUGUGUGUAUGUAUUCAGCACUCUGUGUGUGUGUACUCAGCAGUCUGUCUGUCUGUGUAUUCAGCGGACUGUGUGUGUGUAUUCAGCAGUCUGUGUGUAUGUCUUCAGCAGUCUGUGUGUAUGUAUUCAGCAGACGCAGACUGUGUGUGUGUAUGUUCAGCACUCUGUGUGUGUGUACUCAGCAGUCUGUCUGUCUGUGUAUUCAGCGGACUGUGUGUGUGUAUUCAGCAGUCUGUGUGUGUGUAUUCAGCAGUCUGUGUGUGUGUGUAUUCAGCAGUCUGUGUGUAUGUAUUCAGCAGUCUGUGUGUAUGUAUUCAGCAGACGCAGACUGUGUGUGUGUAUGUAUUCAGCAGUCUGUGUGUGUGUGUGUAUUCAGCAGUCUGUGUAUGUAUGUAUUCAGCAGACGCAGACUGUGUGUGUGUAUGUAUAGAGCAGUCUGUGUGUGUAUGUAUUCAGCAGUCUGUAUAUAUGUAUUCAGCAGUCUGUGUGUGUGUGUGUAUUCAGCGGACUGUAUGUCUGUGUAUUCAGCAGACUGUAUGUUUGUGUAUAUUCAGCAGACUGUGUGUGUGUGUGUGUGUGUGUGUGUAUUCCAUUUGUUGGAGAUUAUAUUAAAUAUAAGCUUAAUUUUAUCUAUUUAUAUCAUUAUUUAAAUUUGUAUAAUUGAACUCUCUGUUGUUGUGUUUUUCUUUUAAAACAAAAGUUAUUAAUUAGUUCGGACAAGUGUACGAAUAGUUUUUCUAAACUUAAACCUCAGUAUUCAGGUUUAAUUGCCGUGUUGGCACUUUGAGGAAAAAAAAGUUGUCAUGUAUUGCGGUUUGGGCACUCGGGCUCAAAAAGGUUCGCCAUCACUGCUCUAGAGGCUUUUCAGGCGCUUCCUGAAAUUCGGUCCAGGAAUCAAAUACUGCUGAUAGCAGCAUUUGAUUGGAGGAGAGCAAGAUUUUUCUAUGCAUGCAUUCUCCAAUCCAAUGCUUUUCUAUGAGAAGCAUUGGAUUGGACGAUAUUGCAAGUGAUGUCAGCUUCAAUACUGACAUUGAUGGAGGCGGGGCUGAAGGCUGUCCUGGUGAGUUACUUGAUUUAUGAGAAAACUGAGUGCCUAAAUUCUGGAACCAAAUUAGCAGAUUGACUAAGCUUUCAAUAUACGUCAGAAAGAGGGGAUAGAAGGCAAAACCGUGCACAUUUUGCCAAGCCAAUAUCUAAAAAAAUUAUGUUGUGUUUGGUAUGGGAGAUAUGUAACUGCAUUCUUGUCUUUUCCCUUUCUAGGACCCCCAACUAUUGUCAUCCCCCCUGAGAAUACGACUGUUAAUGUCUCCCAGGAUGCCUUUCUAACCUGCCAGGCUGAGGCCUACCCAGCUAACCUCACCUACAGCUGGUUCCAGGGAAACAGCAAUGUUUACCUCCUUAGGUAAAUAAUCUCAGCAUCCAUUUACUGCUCAGUCCUGUGAAUUGGGAGUUAGCAACGGCUGAUAGCUGUUAUUCUAUCUCUGAUGGGACAUAAGAGCAUAAAUCCCCCGCUGGAACCUCAUAAAGCAUAUUUUUGUAGCUGUUUUUGUGUUUCUACAGUCUCGUGUCAGGUUGGUGGAGCCAGGCUCUGUUUAUACCCAUCAACGUGACUCACAGUUUGCACUCUUUCCCAAUUUUUGUUUCAGUCGUCUCCAGUCCAGGGUACGCAUUCUAGUGGACGGGAGUUUGCUGCUCCAGCAGGUCACGCCAGAAGAUGCUGGGAAAUACACCUGCAUUCCCAGUAACGGGAUGUGGAAAUCGCCCUCGGCCUCCGCCUACCUCACUGUGCUGCGUAUGUACCAAUGUGGCUUACCUUCAUCUCAUGUGGACUUUUACCCCGUCCUUUAG